AUGAAAAUCCUUGUGGCAUCUCUUGUGGUGCUGGCCGUCUUUAGUACACAAUCUCAUGGAUAUGAGGUUUUUAACAUCAUGAGUCCAACCAAUUAUGGCAAUGUUCAGCAAACAAUGACAAUUGACAAUGAAAAGAAUAUCGCCAUUGUUAACAUCCAUUCAGGAUCUUGCUCCUCUACUACAAUUUUUGACUACAAGCAUGGCUACAUUGCAACCAGGAUGCUCUCUCGAAGAGCCUGCUACAUCAUGAACCUGAACCACAAAAGCAUCCCUGCACUGGACCAGCUCAAACGGUAUAUCUAUGAAAACAAGACUCUGAAAAGUAUGUUCUCUGACAAAUACACCUGGGUCAAGUACAAUCCUCUGCAGUCUCUGCUCACAAACGUGGACUGGUUUCUGUUCGGGUCUCCCAUUAAACAGCUCUGCAGGGACAUCCCUCUUUACAAAGGAGAAGUGGUUGAAAAGCCAAAGUCACAUGUUGCUGGUGCUGGAGCUUGUGCAAAGGCUGGGAUUCUGGGCAUCCUUGGAAUUUCCAUCUGUGCAGACAUUCACAUUUAA